UAGAAGUUGAAAAGGAGAAGGAGAGACAGAUAAAGGAGGAAGAGAAGAAAAAGAGGGAAGAGGAGGAGAAAGAAAGACGUAACUCACAUCAACCUGCUGACGACAACAUCCAGGAACCUGAACAGGUCAAUAAGAGAGAGACUGCAAUCCCUAUAGCCCCUGUCCUCAGGCUACAGGAGGAUGAGAUGACCACUGAUCCACCUGGGACACCUUCUAAUCCAGAAAGCAGACUCAAGCAGUCAGCAACAUUGAAGGAAGAGAGAAAUGUAGGAGGAGGUAUGGAAGAGGGAGGAGAAAAGACAAGGAGCAGCAUACAGCAGAGGAUCAGUUUGCUGCUGGACUCCUCCUCGAGCCCUGAGGCUCCGGUCAAAAGAAAGGAAGUACCUCCAGUACAACAAUCAGAUGGAUCUGGAGGUGUGAAACAACUGAUCAAAGACUGGGCAGAGGGUCAGAGGUUGGAGAGAGAUUAUGAGGAAGUAACUGGUGAAGAGAAGGAGAAAGACCAGGUACCUCUUUAUAAACCAGGAGGGAGACUUAGAUGGGCAGAUGGAGGGACAAAACAGGACAAAGAAAUGAUGAAACAGAAUGAGGAACAAAUUGUUAGAGAGAGAGAGGGUAGGGUUAUGGAAAGACUAAGAGAGGAAGAAGAGAGGGAGAGAAAGAGGAAAGAUGAAGAGAAGAGAGAAAAAAAGAUAGAACUUGAGAAGGAAUUGGCGAGAAAGAGAGAGGAAGAAGAGCGAAAGAUGAAAGAAGAGAAAAAAAGACUGAUAGAAUUUGAAAAGGAGAGGGAGAGACUGAGAGUGGAAGAAGAGAGGGAGAGAAAGAAGAAAGAUGAAGAGGAGAGAGAAAAAAAGAUAGAACUUGAGAAGGAAUUGGAGAGAAAGAGAGAGGAAGAAGAGAGAAAGAUGAAAGAAGAAAGGGAGAAAGAAAGACAGAUAGAAAUUGAAAAGGAGAAGGAGAGACAAAAAGAGGAAGAAGAGCGAAAGAUGAAAGAAGAGAAAGAAAGACUGAUAGAAUUUGAAAAGGAGAGGGAGAGACUGAGAGUGGAAGAAGAGAGGGAGAGAAAGAAGAAGAAAGACGAAGAGAGAGAACGACAGAUCAAAUUAGAGAGGGAAAAGGAGGAAGAAGAGAGAAAGAUGAAAGAAAAGGAGAAAGAAAGAAUGAUAGAACUUGAAAAGGAGAAGGAGAGACAGAGAGAGGAAGAAGAGAGAGAGAGAAAGAAGAAAGAUGAAGAGGAGAGAAAAAAAAAGAUAGAACUUGAGAAGGAAUUGGACAGAAAGAGAGAGGAAGAAGAGAGAAAGAUGAAAGAAGAAAAAGAGAAAGAAAGACAGAUAGAAAUUGAAAAGGAGAAGGAGAGACAAAGAGAGGAAGAAGAGCGAAAGAUUAAAGAAGAGAAAGAAAGACUGAUAGAAUUUGAAAAGGAGAGGGAGAGACUGAGAGUGGAAGAAGAGAGGGAGAGAAAGAAGAAGAAAGACGAAGAGAGAGAACGACAGAUCAAAUUAGAGAGGGAAAAGGAGGAAGAAGAGAGAAAGAUGAAAGAAAAGGAGAGAGAAAGAAUGAUAGAACUUGAAAAGGAGAAGGAGAGACAGAGAGAGGAAGAAGAGAGAGAGAGAAAGAAGAAUGAUGAAGAGAGAGAAAGACAGAUUAAAUUGGAGAAGGAAAAGGAGGAAGAGAGAAAGAUGAAAGAAAAGAAGGAGAAAGAAAGAAUGAUAGAACUUGAAAAGGAGAGGGAG